AUGGGAGCAGUGCUUGCACAACGACGAGAACCUUUGCUUCUGAAAGCUGAUGGUCGGCAUCCUGUCUCCCCAGUUUUUGAAACGAUUUAUUUCCUAAGCUUCAGCUUCCCUAAUGUCACUUCUAAAGUUCGCUGGCGGGGAGGGCUGGCAGGGAGCGCGGACCGGCUUCCCCGUUCGCUGGAGCUGCCAGGGAGCUGUCCAGCACCGCGGCAGGACCGGCAGAGGCGGCAGGGCCGGGGCGGCAGCGCCGGGAGGGCGCCGGGAUCGUCCCCAGAUCCCGCAUGGGCACCGUCGCUCCCCGCGGAGGGUACGGGGCCAGCUCCCCGCUUCCCCUUAGCUCGGCUCCGAAGUGCAGGGCGCAGAGCGAGCGCCCUUGCCGCCCUCCCGGUAGCGGCGGCAGCGSGGGCUGAGCCCCGGCCCUGCCCUGGGCCCGCCCCUCCGGCCCCGCCGCGCCGUGAGGGCUUCACCCCGGAGCGGGGCAGCGGGGCCGCCGGCGGCCGCGGCGAGCGGGACCGGGCGCGACAGGCGGCGAGCGGGGCGGGGGAGCCCGGCCCCGCCGACACCCCCUUCGCCGCCGCCGCCGCGGCCAGCUCUGGGUCGCGCCGCGCUCCGCGCCGCCGGCGGGUCAACCUGGACUCGCUGGGCGAGAGCAUCCGCCGCCUGACGGCCCCCGCGCCUCAGACCAUUCGGCAAACUCUUCAAAAGACACUGCAGCAUUUUGAGCAUCAAGUUAUUGGUUACAGAGAUGAAGAGAAGAAUUUUCACARUAUAUCAAACAGAUGCUCCUAUACAGACUGCUCUAGCAAUGAAGAAACUGAAGAUGUCUCAGGAAUUCUCCAGUGUACGGCYAAUGUACUUGGUCUGAAAUUUGAGGAAAUGCAAGAAAAGUUUGGGGAGGAAUUCUUCAAUAUCUGCUUUGACGAGAAUGAAAGAGUUCUUCGAGCUGUMGGUGGGACCCUUCAAGACUUCUUCAAUGGCUUUGAUGCUUUGCUGGAGCAUAUUAGGACUUCAUUUGGAAGACAGGCCACCCUGGAAUCUCCUUCUUUCCUAUGCAAAGAACUCCCUGAAGGCAAUCUCAUGCUUCAUUAUUUUCACCCACAUCAGAUUGUGGGAUUUGCAAUGACAGGAAUGAUAAAAGCAGCAGCAAAGAAGAUUUACUGCUUGGAUGUAGAAGUAGAGCAGGUCACGAAUGAUAAGUUGUGUUCAGAGGGGACAAACCCAGGUAACUGCAGUUGUUUGACUUUCCUUAUCAAAGAACAUGAAAAUGCAAAUACCACUAAAGCACUUCCACCGGGAACUUCCCAGUCCCCUUUAGACCUGAGGAUUAGCAUCAGCACCUUCUGCAGAGCUUUCCCCUUUCACCUGAUGUUUGAUCCAAACAUGCUGAUUCUCCAGCUUGGAGAAGGUCUUAGGAAGCAGCUCAGAUGUGAUACUCAUAAAACCCUGAAAUUCCAAGACUGCUUUGACAUAGUCUCUCCUAAAAUCAGUGCCACAUUUGAACGAGUUCUUCUGAGAUUGUCUACACCCUUUGUCAUUCGGACCAAACUUGAGGAUUCUGACUCUGAAAAUAAAGAUAAGGUGAUGGAAAUCAAAGGUCAAAUGAUUCAUGUGCCGGAAUCGAACUCAAUAUUGUUUCUGGGUUCCCCCUGUGUGGACAAGCUGGAUGAGCUAAUGGGCCGAGGCCUCCAUCUCUCGGACAUUCCUAUCCAUGAUGCUACUCGUGAUGUCAUAUUGGUUGGGGAGCAAGCAAAGGCACAGGAUGGCUUGAAGAAACGGAUGGAUAAGCUGAAAGCGACGCUAGAAUGUACACACAAAGCCCUGGAAGAGGAGAAAAAGAAGACAGUAGAUCUCCUUAUUUCUAUUUUCCCUGAAGAGGUGGCCCAGCAGUUGUGGCAGGGGCAGCAGGUUCAGGCCAGGAAGUUUGACGAUGUCACCAUGCUCUUCUCGGACAUUGUUGGUUUCACUGCCAUCUGCGCGCAGUGCACGCCCAUGCAGGUCAUCAGCAUGCUCAAYGAGCUCUACACGCGCUUCGACCACCAGUGCGGCUUCCUUGACAUCUACAAGGUGGAAACAAUAGGUGAUGCAUACUGUGUUGCAGCAGGGCUCCAUAAGAAAAGCCUUAGUCAUGCUAAAGCCAUUGCCCUGAUGGCACUGAAGAUGAUGGAGCUUUCAGAAGAGGUUCUCACUCCAAAUGGAAGCCCUAUUAAGAUGAGGAUAGGCAUUCACUCAGGUUCCGUGCUGGCCGGCAUUGUUGGUGUGAGAAUGCCACGCUAUUGUCUCUUUGGGAACAACGUCACCCUUGCAAGCAAGUUUGAAUCAGGAAGUCACCCACGCCGCAUCAAUGUCAGUCCCACCACGUACCAGCUUUUGAAAAAGGAAGAAAAUUUUAUUUUUAUCCCUCGUUCCCGUGAAGAGCUUCCAGAAAACUUUCCAAAGGAAAUUCCUGGGAUCUGUUACUUCCUGGAGGUCAGAAGUGGUCAGAAACCACCAAAACCCUCCAUCUCAUCUGCCAGAGUAAGAAAGGUGUCUUACAACAUCGGCACCAUGUUCCUCCGGGAGACUAGCCUAUGAGGCCGGCUGUAGAUCAAAGACUCGUCAAAAAAGCACAAGCCCAGAACUGGGUCAUGACAGGGGAGUUGGAGGUUCUUCGUAUUUCACUGCCUCCUUCUGAGCAGGCAGUAAAAGCUCCAUGUAAUGUCAGGCAAUAAUAAUUUUAAAAGGUGGGUAACGGCUGCCAGUAAACAAAGUCGAGAUAGGGAAAAAAUAUUAAACAAUGUACUUCCACCUCCAGAGGAAUUUCUUUCUAAAACUUCAGUCUGGCCCCUCUAUGGCAAACAAAACAAUAAAACAAAACCCCAACUCUUAGAUUAGAGGUUGGCCUUGUUUUGUACAGAAAGGAUGAUGGUUCUCUGUAGAUUUGCACCAGCUAAGCAGAAUUGAGAGUCAGUUCUGAUUAUGCAUUCCUACAUUUAAUGUGUUCUUCAGUAAGGUAAUGAUGUUUUUUAACUUUAUGAACAAGCAUUUCAUACAUAUACUGUAGAACUAUUGUAACCUUCCUGGCAGGAGGAAUUAUGACUCAAUACAAAUAUUGUAGGAAUUUUACCUAUUUUUAUACAUAUUUCACUUUCUGGAUAAUUACAUUCCACAUACUGUAAGCUGAGUAAGCUUAGAKAGCUUUUCAGAAGUUACUGUAUAUUUCAUACAUUCUACCUAUCAAACCUUAUUGUUAUACAAAUGGGAAGAAGGCAUUUCUUGACUUUUUUUGGCAACAAAAACAUCAAUAUUUUACAGAAAAAAACUCCCACUUUGGUAAAUCACUUUAUCUGAUUUUUAUGCUAAAGCUUUAGAUGACCACUGUCUUCUUAUAUAAAAUAAUGUUCAGUAUUUGUCCUACACUGUUGUAUGUCCAGUCCUUACAGGACAAUGCAAAGUGCAGAAGAUCCAUGUGUGGACAAACAGAAAAGUUUUCUCCAGUGGGACUUGUUUCCCCUCUAAAUUACCAGCCAAACUGUUUUUAUGUAGAAGCCCUGAAGUUUUCUAAAAAUUUGGUCUUAUGAAAACUUAUUCGGAGGAGUUUCAGCAGACACUGGAAACUCUCUGGAUGUUUAUUUUCCACAUUUUUAAUAGGACUUGUGCUCCUAGUCCAGAUUGAUUAUUGAAAAUCCAUUCUGCUAAUAAUGAUUGUUCAUUUGGAUUGGCUGAAGAUCCCCCACUUUAUCUAGUGAAGAUCAAAAAAACACCAAAAAGGGGAAAGCAGUACUUUUCCAGGUUUAAUGCAAAUGGCAGUUCAAGAUUUUCGUUAGUCCAAGACAAUAUAUAUAUAUAUAUAUAUAAAAAAAAAAGCCCAGUUAUUUGCUGUCGAAAAUUAAUAUAGUACAAUUGUCUUCAAUUAAUCCAGUUCAAGCAAGAUAUGUGUCUGGCACAUUUUCACGCAUUGUUUGUUUCUCAGGUUUUCCUUUUCCAAAGUAGUGGUGGUCACACAGUUUUCCUGUGUGAUUGUGCUGCCUUUGGAUCAUACUGAAGUGGAUGAUGCUGUUCUGAGCUUGUAGUUUGUUAGCUAAAUCCUGUGCAGUGAUUCCAAAGUGGCUUAGCUGUACAUGGGCCUUUAAUCACUUUAAUCAAAGGUAAGAAUCAGCAGYACUAAGAGGCCCGAGAAGCUCUGCAUCUCUCUAAUCCAGAGCAGAAAUUAGUUUGCUUAUGGAUUUAGUAGUCUUAACAGGAGGCAGCUCUUGAAAAUAAGUAAAUAACUUUGUCCACAUUUCAAGAACGUCCAGUUGGAUCUUUCUGUGAAGGGAAUGACAGUUCUGUAUUUCUCCCCUUUGACCAGRAGCCCCUGUGAGUAUGGGAUUAAGUCAGCACGCCACUGUGCUGAAUAUGUUUCAGGCUCYCUUUCCAUGAAGACUUUCUGGAUGAGAAAGGACAGUCAUGAACCUUUACAGACUUCAGCAUAUAGAGGACAUCUGAAUUUGUUAUGCAGGGUGGUUUUUUCCUUACCUAWGGAGAAUAGAGCCAUGGGAAUUAGCCCAGAAAUUUACUUUAAUGCAAACUCACUUUCUAGCAGAAUACUGAUGUUAAAGAUUUUUUUCCAUUGCUACUAGAGCAUUCUUGGGAUUAGAGGAUUUUUUUUAAUGUACCUUGAUAAAUAGCAUAUGCAGCUUUAUGGCCUAUCUGAAAAAUUACUUACAAAAACUGUUCAAGCUUGAGGUUGUACAAUUUCCAUCCAAACUAGGGAUCUGAGAAUUUCCUGCACAGGAUGACAAGCUUUAGCCCAUAGCCAUUAGUUUGCACAUACACAGGAUGUAGCAUGCAUUUUUUUACCCUGGGAAUGCCAGUGAGAUGUGUAAGAAUCAUAAAUGGAUCAAAGUUCAUGUUUCACCACUGAAAGAGGAAUGUCACUUCCCAGCUAAUAAAUUUGUAGGUCUGAUGUAAUUUCUUAGUUCCCUAGAGUGAACAUUUUUCAAAUAGCCAUUAGUAGAUUUAGAUUUCACUCUGGCUUUGCUGGCACAUCUUCCUUUUUCAGUAGGUGCUGAUGUCAGAAGACCAACCUCUCUGGCCAAGCUCUUUUUCUCUUCUCACCMCUCAUAGUCCUGUUUGAAGAGUACAAAUGCACCUAUCUUGACCAAUGGAAACAUUUUCAUAGCAAAUGAUGAAUAAAUGCUAGUUUUACAAACAAAUUGGAGAAGCAAUCAAAACUGGUUUGUAUCACCAUCCUCAUCCUCUCAGAGAUUGUUGUGUAAGGAAAUUUGAAAUCAGAGAGAUCAGUGUGAGAACUGAAAACUGGUGUUGGUGUCACCACRAAUACAUUGAUAAUAUUUGCAAGUAAAUCAUCUAGCUCCCCAAAUUAGACUGACUGUAUAARAAUAUACAGUCCCUGUUUUUUAUAUCCUUGUGUAAAGGCAACAUCCAGAACUGCAGCAUAGAUGUUAAGUAUUGUGUUAUCUGUGUUACGAUGAGGGAAAUGAAUGAAAAAAGUGUGGGCUCCCUGGAGACGUUUUUCUGUGUCAGUGUGAGCAAAGUGUAAGACAAAUUCUCAGCACUUUUAAAAUUAGUAGUUGCAUCUAUUGCUUUUUGUAUUAGAUUGCAAGCUUACUUUGUUGGACAAUUUUGCAAUGUUAAAUGAAACUUACGAAGAUUUAUGUUGUCAUGUCAAUUAGGUGGUAAUCAGACUCAACAUUUCUUCAACACUUACUUUUAGUGAUAGAGAAAAGGUUCUCAUUUGUGUGGCAUUGACUUAAUAAAUAAAAAGGUUCUCAGAAUUUUAUACAUUGAGAUGAUGAGGUGGAGAGGUUAGAGGUGCUGAAAUGGUUGCAGGAAUUGUGUAUCCUAGCUGGAAUUUUCUUUCAACAUUUCCCUUCCUAUAAARGAUAUGAUCUUUUGUUCCUCUGUGGGUAAGAAUUUAUAUGCCUGUAUGUCUUCAUGUAGCUGCCAGUAGCCACAUCUUUUGUCUUGAGUUUCUGUGCAGAYCAAAUCCACCCUGUCUGGAGGAAGAGGGAGGAGAUCUGUUUCGUUUUGCCAAAAAAGGCAAAGGGAAGGUGAUGUGAGGACUCUCCUAGCUGGGUUCAUCAGUCUCCUUUGUGGCCGGUUUCUUGUACAAAAAUCGUGAGGUAAAGAGAGUCAACAGUCGCUUCCCCAGAAAUCUUUUUACAGAUCUUGUGUCAGAYUUUUCCAUCUGCUUGAAGCUCCCCAUCACACAGGCUUUUCUGUGAUGUGGUGCAUGGAGGUCACGAACUCAGAGGAAAAAGGAAACAGUGAUGAAGUGGUAGGGUGGUGGAUAAAUUUUGAUUGCAUCCCUCUGGUACAAUUUGCCAUUCAAAGACAAAAGCCUCUUCAUGGGAGAAUUGCUGCUAAGCCAGGAUUCUCCAAGUGUGGUUUUCUUGCAGCAUCCCAAAGGAUAUUUCAUUUUUAAUUUCAGAGAGCCAAUAGUCAUUAACUGUGAUUGUGGUUUUGGCUUCUCUGCUCAUUCCCACAUACAGUUUCAGAUCUGAGUCUGUUUUGAAGCCUGGAAACAUGCCUCCACAAACAGAAAACCAAAGCUCUUAAAACCUUGGAAUUCUUGUAUGGGAAUUGCCUGUUUUGAAGAAAUCCCUCUGAUUGAAUCAUUAACAGUUCAUGUGUGUGCACAUGCCAUUUCACAGUGCUGUCUCCUCCUGUGUUUGCAGUGUUCCCUACCAAACCCAGCAGCAGGAUUGGGCAUAGUUAACAUCCAUCUUCCAGUUUUUCCUAYAUAAAUCAAGCAGUGCAAAGCCAUGUCAUGCUGCAUGCUUUUAAAAGUAUCAGCACUGCACURAGACGCAAACUCUGAUAACCAAUUUCACAUUGUGUAUUUCUUGCUCUGAAUAAAUCCUUCUCUCAGGCAACUUGAAAAUGAAUGAAAAAAAGAAUCACCCAAAAGUGCUGUGUUGAAUUGCAAAUUAGUCUGAAAUGUUCAUUGGUUGUUGGGGCAGGUUGAAUUGCUGGACAGCUUUCCAAUUCUUCAGCUGCCMCAAGCUGUCACACUUGCGUGCUUCRUGCAAAYGGUUCUCUCAACGAGUCUGUAAUCCACCAGCAGCAUUGUAAAUUUAGGGCAUCUUCUGAGUUUUCCACUCCAAGUCUCAGGCCACCACCUCACUUCUGCUGAAUGCUCAGAGCUCAMGGUGCUCCUGAGCUAAUUCCCUGUCCUAAUGCAGUCUCAGAGCUUCUGGUUUCAUUUCCAGGUUCUGGUGAUCUUUUGCGAGGUUUUGCAUGUGUAGUAUUGGAAAUAGCAACAUGCUUAAAUUAGCAACAAAACAAGAAGCUUAAAAGAGCUUGUCAAACUCAGAGACAAUUGGUUCCUUUCCCUCAAGGUAAUAAAUUAUUCAUAGUGCUGUACAGGAUUGARGGUGCCAGUGACAGGAGAGGCUGUUGAUGAAUUGAGGAUGCUGAGUGUGCAGCAGACUCAACAAGUAGGAGUUGAUUGUUUUCUGCUGCUGGUAAUAAUUCAAUCAUCUUGCCUGYUAUGUCCUGCUCUUGGUCAGGGUUCUCUUCUCCAAAAGACCUCCACUUCCCUUAGCACGCUGUAUGUGACAGAGAUAGUGAAUCGUUCCUAUUGUUCUUAUUAGCAUAUGUUCUUGACAUGCCUGCUUGUAUCUAAAGAAUAACUGGGGUUAAAUGGCUGAUCUUACUCUUACUUGAAGGAAGGCAAAACUGUUACAGUGGCUCAGCAGGCACUCACAUCCUUAGAGAGGGAAAAUACCUCAGUGCAAGUUAUUGCUGGUGGAUUUGGGUGAAGUCAGUGCAUUAACAGCCCAUGGCUUGUUUUUAGCUUCUGCAAGUGCCAAACUGAUCUGUGCAGAUAGGAGUUACUCCUUAACGAUGUUAUUAAUUUGCAAUGCAUGAGCAGGCUUACAACAAAAAUCUGUAAAGUGUUUAACCUCAUAUACACGAUUGAUCUUUUGUGGCUUGCCUGUUAAUCGUGCAUGGAAGCAAGAAAAACAGUGAAACUGGGGAAUGCAAUGACUCAGUCACAGGCAACAGAUCAUUCACCUCUGCAGAUGCUGACUUGUUCCUGUGGCUCAGAAAGGUUGAUCUCCAGUUAUCUGUGGUCCAGGUUAGUAUCUCUGUGUCACUAGAGCAACAAAAUGUCCUCUAAAAACAGCAUGAGGCAUCUCAGUCUGCUUUCCUCUGGACUGGGGUUCACAUCAGAGAGCCCAAUACAACAUGUGACGCAAAGUGCCAACUUUGCUGGGAGCCUUAAUGAAAGGAUCAGUGGAGGCAGAUGUUAAACCAGCUGUUUGCUCCAGGGAUUUUAAUUUCCAAAGGCAGAGUGAGGCUGAAUGUGUUUUAGUUCGGACAAAAAGAGAAGAGGAUUUCAGAGAAACAAGUGUGUUCUCKGGCAAAGAGACAGUGGAGUAAACGUGAACCAAGAGGGACACACUGGCUGCAGCAGCACCUCCAGCUGCCUGGCGCUCUUUGGCAUCCAGCAAUCAAGUUUCUCCUGAAAACUGGAGAACUGGUGAGCACUUCAGGCACUUGUCCCCUCUGCUUUAGGCAGAGUAUGAGGCUGCCUAARUCAUUGAGGGUGCUCAACUUUCUCAGUGACCACAGAUGGCAAACUUAGACUGGAUAUCUGUUUUUUAAGAUGGCUGAGAUGAGAGAGACUGAUCCCACUGAAUGACAUUCUGUUCAGCCCAAGUGCUGUGUCUCAGAUCAUCUGCUGUGUGCAUUGGCCAAAAUAAAUYGAAUCAAACUAAGUGUCAGAGGGAUAGAUAAGCAUAUUCCAGGAUAAAUAAAGGGUUGGUACUGUAGCCAUGGUGACUGUCAAGAGCAUGGGCUACUGCGGUUCUGCACAUCUCUCCUGGUGUCUGAACCCUUUGCAURUGAUAGCAGCACUGCCAAUCACAACUCCUGGAUGCCCUUAGAAAUGUGAUUUAGAAAACCUUUUGAACUUUGAGCCCCUAGCCCAAUUGUACAGAAGCUCUGUGYCGCUGAGCUGUAUGCCAGAAUGCCUGCUUAAACCUUAUCCCMUAGUCAGGAUGGUAAUAACAAAUACAGAUUCUAAAGAACAGAGAGAUAGUUGCCAGGUUAUCAUUAACACCCAUUUUUUUUGGUGCUUUUGUAAAUCUGUAGGCCCAAAAUUAACUUUCCAUUAGCAGAAGGUCUCACAUUGAGCUGCUUGUUUUCUAGGUAAUUAUUCCUUAGCAAUACUCUCUAAUGACUAUUCUUGAAGCAAUAACUAAAGCCAUGCUAAUCCCUUCUGUGUAGGCUCCUGUACAACACCUAUCACUUUAUUGAACCACUUCUCAGCAGGACAUUAAAUGGCAGAAUAGCACCCUGACAUGUACUGUUUGUCCUUCCAUCCUGUUCCUCAGAGAAGAAGAGCACGCAAUGGAAUAAUUUGGUUUUAUGAGGCAGUGUUUUUUUUGUUUGUUCUCUGAAAGUGUAUGUUGCUACUUGCUUAAAUAAGGAAGAGCAAAAUCAGAACUAUCARCCAGAAUUAGAGAAGAGUUUUGGAUGUAAACAGAGUGUUUUAAAAGACUGCCCACAGAGUAAGACUAGUCUCACAUCCUAGAAACRACAGUACUGGUAACAGUUGUAAGAUAUACCCAGAAAUGAUAAAUAGGAGUAAUAAACCAAGCUGGUGUAUACAAUGGAUGACUUCUGUUUUAUACACAGCAGUAAACAGGUGCUAAAACUGAUUAAUACCCACAGAGGGCAAAUACUGCUUAAUCGAUUUCAGCRUUUGUUUAUUACCACAAACCUCUAAGGCAAUAUCUUUUCCUUUCCUAAUGAGAUUAGAACAUACUGUUCAAUCAAUAUCAGAGUUUCUGAAMUUGUUGCAAAAGAACAAGCUUAGGAAUACAUAACCAUCAAGGAGAGAUUUUUUUAGAUGUGAGCAGUUGCUCAUCAUCAGAACAGAUUAUAGAGAACAUCACAACAGAUUGUAUACAGAUUAUAUACAUCAGAACAGAAUAUAUAGAAAAUAAAAAGGAGGUACUGAUAGGUAUUUUUGUUAUAGAAGCUUCUAUGGCACUUCUGGUUGAUUGAAAUCAUUCUGAAAUUGUACAUUUAAAGCAUGGCUGCCCARUUCGGAUUAUUUGUAUUUGCUAAGAGGGAGGAGGUAAAAUUUUAAAAGUCACAUAAGAGGCAUACUUCUCAAUCCCAUUUUCUCUGCUUAAAUACARCCUCUUUCUGAAAGUUGAACCUUACUUUGCUGAAUGAUCCUGAGAUUCUAAAUGCCUAAAUAAGUUUUAGAAAUGUGAGUUAGAAAUCCCCCCUCUAAGUCCCAUGUGCCUGUCAGUUCCCUCUCUGGGAACUUCUUGUAGGGCCUGCAAGUGUAUAAAUAGAAAGUGUCUGAAGAAAGUGAAGUGUGUGUGUAGGAGAGGGCAGCUGUACACAGAUGUGCUGCUGAUGUCAGCUUUCAUCUGUUUGGAAGCUGGAUGACACAGAGAUUAUUYGUACAAAAUGCAAGAAUGUAUUGUAUAGAGUGUCAUGAACUGUGAAGGCUGAAUUUAAGAGUCCRUAAUCCUCAAAGUUUUAGUGGAACUGCAUGAGAAAUACAUGAUUUUUGAGUUUGAUUUUUUUUUUUUUUAUUUUAAAUAAGAGUUCAAUCUCUAGUUACACAAAAAAAUUGUCUAAACAGUUUAAAUGCAAAAUGCAAAGAAUGUCCUGCUUUUUUGUAUUAUUUGGCUUUCCUGGAUGUAGGACUGAGAAUUCCUCUGUGGGUUUCAAUACUGGAUGCAAAACUAGGUAUGAAACAGGGCAAAUGAAGUACUUUGCCAACUGAAAAUUAGGGGGUUAUAGUAAGAACAGCUUAAAAAAGUAUGUAGGGAUAAAUGUUAGCCCUUUUUAAAAAAAUGGAGACUCUUCUGCUCUCUAAGUAAAUAUUGUUUAGAAAUACCUAAACAGAAAGGAGGCGUGGAAUACUGUGGUAUCAUAUUAAAAAGAUAAAAAGUCUGUGAGAUAAUCCACRCUUCACAAACAGUCCUGUAUAUAUGGAGUUUUCAAAUGCACAUUUAACCAAGAACUGUCUUUUAUAAAUUUCCAACAAAAUUGUAUUUCACCCAGCAGCUUCUGUAAAAGAUCUGCCAUGCAGAUCAUGYUGGGAAGGCUGAGAUUUAACUCAGUUGUUUGGAGCUUUUUAGGAGACACAGAACAUCCCAAAGCCAAGCUUUUGAUGUGCUUAUUGACAGGACAGCAUUGUGCCUUUUACUAAAGUCUAAACAAAGGCUGUUCUGGUCAAAAUUCCCAUCCUAAUACAUGACAUUGAUACUGCCUUGCUGGGAAAUUAGCACUUCACUAAGUUGCAGCCAUUAUUAUGUUUGAUGCUAGAAGAUUCCUUAUUAUUCUUAUGUCUCACUGUGCCAAGUUUCACUGGGUUUCAUURUGCUCUAGAGAACCAAGGUUUUGGGGAAUUGCUGUAAAAAUGAGUGAAAUUCAGCUGAUCUGUUUUUAGAUAUCUAAAACUUAUGUCUGGUCUGAGCUAGUCAGGUCAGUUCCCUGUGCAGUCAGUGCAGACACCCUGGCAUUUCAGAGACUSAACUUUCCUGGAGAAAGUCUUAGGGAUGAGAUAAUCCACUGCCUCAGAUGUGCCCUCCUCUUUUCUCCCCAGUGACCACUGUGUGGAGGUGGAGGACUGGUUCAGAUUAGCUGCCGUGCUGUAGGUGAGAUGAAUCCCACUGCUGUUYGAAUGAGAGAAUGUAAAGAUCAAAUACAGAUGGAGACAAAUACAGCGGGGCAAGGGCCAGGCUUCAGCCACAGACUGAAAGGGAUGUGAUGGCAAAAUCAUUAAUAUUUAAGUUUUAGAGAUCUWGGUGGGAGCUUUAUCCUGGUGAAAGAACACUCCUUUCAACUAAAAACUAACAAUCUAUGAUUGUUGCCAGCUCCCCACUUUUGCUCUAAARUAGUACUAGUGUAUUAUCUGAUGUAUCCACCAAGAGCCAUCUCCCCAAACCAUCAUGUUAUUUACUGCUUGAUUSCUUCUUGGAAUAGCUACUUAACAAAUCCAUCUGUCCCAGAAAUUGAUUUUUUUAACAUUGAAAUGGUAAUUUUUCUUCACCAGGUUUUUUUUUGGUGGAACGGUAUAUAGGUUGGUGUCUGCAAUCACUUGGGAAAGGAAAGGGAGCAGAGGAUAAAGUGCUGGCUGGAUGUUCUCUCACUAUGAUCACAGUUACUAAAGCUCUGUCUGACCUGUCCUGAGCUGUACUUGUGUUGUUAUGCACCUGGAUUACUCAGAUUCUCCGACAAGAUCUUGUGUCAGGCUCUGAACCAGAGAGGGUGGGAAGGGCCAGGGCUGCCACUCUGCUGUGCUGCUCCCAGAUGUCUCUCUUCUGUUUGCAGUUGCCAUUCUGAUCCUUAGAUAUCUGUGGGGAUUUUCACUGCAAUCAUGGUCCGUGGGAAAGUUCCUCUUGGGAAGAGUCAAUAGUAUGCAGUCCUCCACGCUGUGAACUGCUGCUCUCCAGAGAAAAGGGAUUGGAGAUAGUAUUGUCCUCAAGAGCUGAGAAAACUUGCAGAUUUUCCAUGUGCAAUAAACAGCUUCUAUAAUUACCAGGAAAACAAAACAGAGAGGCAGAGCUGUGCAGCAGGGGCGGCCCAUCUCACACCCGCUGCUGUGAUAAUGAAAUCCAAACCCUGUGGAAUUGCGGGCCCAUUAUUCUCACUCGUUUUAAAGGUCAGCUAAGAAGCUGAUUUCUCAAAUUGGCUCAUAUCUCUGAGACAAURUAACACUAGUCUUCUCUUCCAACGAAUUGCAGUUGUCAGAGAAACUGGAUUAGUAGCUCAUGGAGCUAAAAAUAGACACUAUGGCUUGACAGAGAAGGGUGAAUUCAGUGACAGAGGUGAGGGURCAUCAAAAUAUCCUAGCAUCUGGAGAAAAAGCAGCAAAAAAUGCUCAACUGAAAGCAUGUCAUCCAUAAAAUUACAUUAAAAAUAAUCUGAAUCACAGAGAAGAGGAAUGGUAAGGCUUAGUCUUAAUUCUGUUUUAUUCACCUUCUAAAUCUACCUUGCAGUUUCUACMUUAUCUGCUGAAUCAGUCUGGCCACAGUCCCUUCAAAGUUCAGUAUCUUAAGUUAGGCAAUGAAAGUCAUGUUAAAGCCACUAUUUGAAUACUGAAAAAGAAGGUUUUGGCUUGACAUUUCUAUCUUCUUUGCAGGAGGAAGAGGMAAAUAAUUUAUUGCUAAAUUUAUUCAACUGAAAAAUAAAAACUAAACUCCCAAACCCCAAAUCUAAGAGCUACAGUGAAAGCAAAUUUCCAAACCUCAGCAUGUCUYUACUAAAAAGUGGGUAAUUAUUUUCCAUUGCCUCAAACAUUUGCAUUUUAAAGAGUUCUCUUCUGUGCCAUGAUUUUGCAAAUUUGUAUUGCUAUUUGGAUUUAACAAACUAAACAAAACAAACCACUURUUUUUUCUUCAUUCUCCUUCACAGUUACUUAUUUUCCACAGCAGAGCAAUUCCACCAUAUUGUGCAUGACCCUGAAGGAGCAGCAAUUCAGUGCAGAUAGGGAACCUCAGCCUGUUUGGUCAAGGUGAAAAACUCUGCAAGGURCAGGUUGGGUCUCAGCUGAAGACAGGGCUGGCAGCAUUUGCAUGCAGUUUCCAGUAUAGCAAAAGUAAUUCUUUUUACUUAUGUAUUCAGGAGCUAACCUAUGCAUGGCUCAGGAAUAACCAUCACCACUUUCUUYAGAGAUUCUGUAGUAUGUGUCUUUUCUUCACCUCUGUUGUAAAAUCUCUGCAUUUCAGAUCUUAGGCAUUGACAAGUGUAGGGUAUAAAUAAUAACCUAUGUCAGAGAAUCAAAUCACUGUGAGAAAAUAUUUGUAGAGUACUUAUGCUCAUUUUCUUUUGGAUAUCUUGUAAACUACAGUCCUUUUUGCAAAUUUMUGUUCUUGCAGAAGUCCUCAUUGUAAAAGAGGUCAAGAGUAAUCUUGAUUUUGGGGAUUUAAUUCUCAUCAAUGCCGUUUAUCUGGCAUUCAGUGUGUACCAUUUUUACCAGGGUGUUAUGGUUCAGKGGUGAAACAGAAAUGUCAGGACAAGCAGCACCAGCAGUUACCUUCAUCGCACAUCCUACACAUUAUGAACACAUUCCAUGGCAUACUUUGUAUUUUAAAGAACAUGAUAUGUCUGCUUAAAUUUGUAGAAASAUUAUGUAGGGAUAAAUAAUACAAAAUAUGUGGACACUGUCUGAUAGCUMUCUUAUGAUACUACAGAUAUAUUAUCACCUACCCUUGGGAUUACUCUAAACCAAAUCAUGCACCUUUAGCAUCCAUUCUUACUUCAGUGAAAAGCAUGGCCAUCUUCAUCCCUUUAGUUUUUAAUCUUCAGUUUCUUCAGAGCCCAAAGAUUAAUKACACAGGUAUUUUUCAGCAAAGUAUUUUAAGGGAAUAGUAACUGUUUUGUUUGGCUUUUUUUUCCUURAAUGUGGUGAGCUCCACUGCUGGGACUGACUUUAUGUUACUUCUUAAUAUGAGUUUAAGCUUUCCCAGUUUACUGAAAUUCUGCCAAAAUUAUUCUUUGCAGGAUCCCAUAGUGUUUUGAAGAGGGUAUGUGUAUUCUGUUURUGCAAUUCACAGGUGCAACACAUAAAUAUUAAGGCGCUUUCAGAUCACUGUUCUGGAGAAUCCAGCCAAUUAUUUCAUAGCCACAAAUAAUCCCUUUCUUCUCUUUGCCACUUUGCUCYGCCUCUAUGGCCAACCUUAAGGGAGGAACUGAAGGCUACUAAUGAAUCUAGUGGUUUAUAUUUUUAUAUUUCAGUGGGAUAAAUUCAUGAUAAGGAAAAAUUUUUGCAAAACAAGCUAGUCCUAUUGGCAUGCAAKUCAUAGGCCACCACAGUCAUGGUUCAGUCUCUUCCCAAAGCCUUUGAGAACAAGUUGAACUUGGCAUGCAAUAUCUCACCUAGAAGAACUGAAUAACAACUUUCCAGUUGUCUGUGAGUGUGAUUCUGACUCUCCCAUCUAAUCAGGAGUUAUGAGAUGCAUGAAAGCAUGAAUAGAAAGUCAUGUUUAUGGUACUUGUUUAAACAGUUUUUCCAGGAAACAGCUGAAAUUGUUGAUUUAACUGGUGAUUUAUUCAGGCUCAUCUUCAUUUCCUCUGAAGGUAAUGUUAGAGGACAACUAAUUUUGAGGCCUUAGAGUURUAUCUUUCAACAUUUCCCUUUAAUUUCAGUGUUGCCAAAGUAAAAUCUGAGGGCUAAUUCCUAUCUAAGUGAUUGCAAACAUCUUUAAUAAUAGGGCCAGACAUAUGUGAAGAUAACUUGGAUUAUUGUAGGAAGCUGCAUUAUCACCUGAGUUCAUGAUGUUCUAGGAGUGGGAAUUUUAGGAAGUUAUGAGACACAUUGCUGGUGUGUCAUUUACUGAGAGCACACCAAAGGGACAGUACUGUCCAGYAGAGUGCAGUUUUAAUCUCAGCUUUAUGAAUGCUGAGUAUUGCUGCUUGUCUUGUUUCAAAUUUCUCUGUUUUGGAUGCUGGAUGAAAAUAUUUSGUAUUCCUAAAAUGUAAAGAUUGACCGCCUCAAAGUCUGCACUCCUGUGGAAAUGGACAGCUAUCCCCUGGGUACAAAUGCUUUCUGUGUAGUUCUGUAAUACUGUUUUAGUGUUGUCUUAUAAAGCUUCUCCGAAGAGAYUUGUGCAAGCAUUCUGCACUAACAAGAUUUCGACCUUGCACUAUCAACAAUGGUUGCUUAGCAUUAAAAUAAUCUUGGAUGCCAUUAAAGAAUACUGGAGCUCUAUCUUAGGGUUUACAGCACUAAGAUGUUUGUGAACUGUACCUAUUUAUGUAAAAUUUCUUACAGACAAAGGAUAAUUCUAAUUUAUGUCAGUAUUUCCAUUGUGGUAAUACACAGGGRAGGUGAGGCAGUGUACCUAGAGAUUUUUGUCAACUUAAUGGUUAGGAGAUUAAUUUUAGUACUCUGUAAAUCUGAACAAUAUUUUA